CUUGUGAUUUGGGAAGGUGUCAAAGGUGUUAUGCCCUCGAGUUCCGAAGUUCUGGCUGAUGUGGUAAGAGCGAGUCGGAUUGCAGAGUGGAAGAACCGCCACUUCAUAAGAAUGUCUUCCAAGCAAGCCACCUCUCCAUUUGCCUGUACAGCUGAUGGAGAGGAAACGAUGACCCAGGAUUUGACCUCAAGAGAAAAGGAAGAGGGCAGUGAUCAACAUGCGGCCUCCCACCUGCCUCUGCACCCCAUAAUGCACAACAAACCUCACUCUGAGGAGCUACCAACGCUUGUCAGUACCAUUCAACAAGAUGCUGACUGGGACAGCGUUCUGUCAUCUCAGCAAAGAAUGGAGUCAGAGAGUAAUAAGUUAUGUUCCCUAUAUUCCUUCCGAAAUACGUCUACCUCACCACACAAGCCUGACGAAGGGAGUCGGGACCGCGAAAUAAUGACCAGUGUUACCUUUGGAACCCCAGAACGCCGCAAAGGGAGCCUUGCCGAUGUGGUGGACACGCUGAAACAGAAGAAGCUGGAGGAGAUGACCCGGACAGAGCAGGAAGAUUCCUCCUGCAUGGAAAAACUACUUUCAAAAGAUUGGAAGGAGAAAAUGGAAAGACUAAAUACCAGUGAACUUCUUGGAGAAAUCAAAGGUACACCUGAGAGCCUGGCAGAGAAAGAACGGCAGCUCUCCACCAUGAUCACCCAGCUGAUCAGCUUACGGGAGCAGCUCCUGGCAGCACAUGAUGAACAGAAAAAACUGGCAGCCUCACAAAUCGAAAAACAGCGGCAGCAAAUGGACCUUGCUCGCCAACAGCAAGAACAGAUUGCAAGACAACAGCAGCAACUUCUGCAGCAGCAGCACAAAAUUAAUCUCCUGCAGCAACAGAUCCAGGUUCAGGGGCACAUGCCUCCGCUCAUGAUCCCAAUUUUUCCACAUGACCAGCGGACCCUGGCAGCAGCUGCUGCUGCCCAACAGGGAUUCCUCUUCCCCCCUGGAAUAACAUACAAACCAGGUGAUAACUACCCCGUACAGUUCAUUCCAUCAACAAUGGCAGCUGCGGCUGCUUCUGGACUCAGCCCUUUACAGCUCCAGAAGGGUCAUGUUUCCCACCCACAAAUUAACCCAAGGCUAAAGGGCCUAAGUGACCGUUUUGGCAGGAAUUUGGACACCUUUGAACAUGGUGGUGGCCACUCUUACAACCACAAACAGAUUGAGCAGCUCUACGCCGCUCAGCUGGCCAGCAUGCAGGUGUCACCUGGAGCAAAGAUGCCAUCAACUCCACAGCCACCAAACACAGCAGGGGCAGUCUCACCUACUGGGAUAAAAAAUGAAAAGAGAGGGACCAGCCCUGUAACUCAAGUUAAGGAUGAAACAGCAGCCCAGCCAUUGAAUCUUUCAUCUCGACCUAAGACAGCGGAGCCUGUGAAGUCCCCGACGUCUCCCACCCAGAGCCUCUUCCCAGCCAGCAAAACCAGCCCCGUGAACCUGCCAAACAAGAGCAGCGUCCCCAGCCCCAUCGGAGGAAGCUUGGGAAGAGGAUCCUCUUUAGAUAUCCUCUCCAGUCUCAACUCCCCUGCCCUGUUUGGGGACCAGGACACAGUGAUGAAAGCCAUUCAGGAGGCUCGGAAGAUGCGAGAACAGAUCCAGCGGGAGCAGCAGCAGCAGCCGCCACACGGAGUCGAUGGGAAACUGUCCUCCAUGAACAGCAUGGGGCUCAGCAACUGCAGGAAUGAGAAGGAAAGAACACGUUUUGAGAACUUGGGGCCCCAGUUAACAGGAAAGUCAAAUGAAGAUGGAAAGCUGGGCCCAGGCGUCAUUGACCUCACUCGGCCGGAGGAUGCGGAGGGAAGUAAAGCCAUGAAUGGCUCCGCAGCUAAACUACAGCAGUAUUAUUGUUGGCCAACAGGAGGCGCCACCGUGGCUGAAGCUCGAGUCUACAGGGAUGCCCGCGGCCGUGCCAGCAGUGAGCCUCACAUCAAGCGACCAAUGAAUGCAUUCAUGGUUUGGGCGAAGGACGAGAGGAGGAAAAUCCUUCAGGCCUUCCCCGACAUGCAUAACUCCAACAUUAGCAAAAUCUUAGGAUCUCGCUGGAAAUCCAUGUCCAACCAGGAGAAGCAACCUUAUUACGAAGAGCAGGCCCGGCUAAGCAAGAUCCACCUAGAAAAGUACCCAAACUACAAGUACAAACCCCGGCCCAAACGCACAUGCAUCGUGGAUGGAAAAAAGCUCCGGAUCGGGGAGUACAAGCAGCUCAUGCGGUCCCGGAGGCAGGAAAUGAGACAGUUCUUCACUGUGGGGCAACAGCCUCAGAUUCCCAUCACCGCAGGAACAGGUGUUGUGUAUCCUGGUGCUAUUACUAUGGCAACAACCACACCGUCACCUCAGAUGACAUCUGACUGCUCUAGCACCUCUGCCAGCCCAGAGCCCAGCCUCCCGGUCAUCCAGAGCACUUAUGGUAUGAAGAUGGAUGGCGGGAGCCUGGCUGGAAACGAAGUGAUGAAUGGAGAGGACGAGAUGGAAGCGUAUGACGACUACGAAGAUGACCCCAAGUCAGACUAUAGCAGCGAGAACGAGGCCCCGGAGCCCGUCAGUGCCAACUGAGGAGUUCUUGUUGCUGAGUCAAGACACUCUGACACUUCUCCCCUUCCCCCAACAACAACAACAACAAAAGUUCUUAAAGAGCCCGCAUGCAUUUGUGGCUCCACAGUUCCAUCAGCAGAAUGGUCUUCAUUGUUUCGUGAUGUGUGAGACAGAUUACGUUUGCCCUGAUUUUUCAUGAACUUGAGUUUUUUGUCGUUAUUGUUAUUGUUGUUGUUGUUUUUUUAAUUUAGGUGAAGACAUAUUAAAUAUGAGACACCAGGACUUGAAAACUUAUCUCAACCCAUAGCUGUCUUCUAAGUCUUAUAUUUUUGUCUUACUUUUCCCCCCUUUUGGAUGUUGAUAAAGGUUUAAGUUACUGUUUUAGACGGGGUUAAACAUUCUCACUCAGGUAUGCUGUGCCGGCCUACAGGUUGUGAAUGUGUUUUUAUUCUGAAUUACUUUAGAAACAACUGAGGAUUUCGUGUUGUGAAACAGGACAAGUCCACGGCAUGUGCGGCUGCUUAGAGAACAUAUUCAAAAGGCCUCGGAAUUCCAUUUUUUUUCCAUGUUCAACUUUGAAUGUGCCAAACUUUUUUCAUAACUUUUGAAUCUUAAAUAUUUUGAAAGUCUUAAAGGAGACACUGCAAAGUCUUAGACAAUCUUUGACAUCUUAAAAUAAAAUAGCAAAACCACACUUUUUUUUUUUCCAGAAAAUGGUGAAGUACUCAGGAAUCUGGAGACAAGAUAUUGUAAAGAGUAAGCGAGGUUGCCACAGUGCAUGUACCCAGUUGUGUUUGCCUCUUGAUGUGCCAUCAGUGUGUGCUGUGGGAUGACACACACACCAGAGCGAUCACCACACCAGACACGGACACGGUGGUCCCCUCUGCCUGAGACCACCUCUCACUACAUCCAUUCUCCCCUCGCCUUUAACCCUGACAUUCAAUCUUAACAUUGUUCUCUUAAAUAAUUUAUUCAUUCCAGAAUGUCAAGGGUCCACUUACUAUUUAUUUAAAAAAUUAUUGGUGGCAUUAAUUUAAUAAGUUUUGGUUUUUGCCCUCUUUCCCUGAAGAACUCAGCUCUUUCACCUCUUUCUCCUGCUGGAUAUAAAAGAUGUACAUAGUGAUUUUAUGUCCCCAGAGUCCCCAGAAGCAUUUCUGAAACGUGAAUGCAUAUAUUGUUUCUAAAGAUGAGUGUAUAUCCGGCUGCAGGGCUGUGCAUCUGGGUCGAGGUGUCCUACAUGUAAACACAUACUCUCCUGAGGGUCGCUACAACCUCAGGUCUUUGAACAGACUUUCCUCCUAAUUCAGUUUGCAGCAAGCAGUAGUUCCAUUCAGCAGCAAGGGUCAGCAAGGGUCACUGCCAGUCGAGAGUAUCUCACAGAUAAUCCGAAGCCCAAGGACCACGGACCACACAGGGGUAUAUGGUGGAGCAGGCAUGAGCUGUCACCUUUACUGAGCUACCUUGUUCUGGCUGGCACAUCCGUAGAGAUCUUUGCAGACUCUCCAGGCCAAGAGAAGCCACAUGACAUCUUCAAAGUGAAGAAAGAUAGGGGCAAAUAGUCAGGACGCAUCCAGAGAAGGAAAGGUAACCACAGGGAAAGAGACGCAGUGAAAUGCUGUUAGCUCUGGGGGACAGACGGCUUCCCGGCAGCCCACCAGCUACUCUGGUGGACCUCUUUCUGCAGUGAUUGCUUAUAAAUGAGGUGACCUACUCCUGCCUCUCGAGGCAUGUUCUGGAGACAUGCUGGGAGGGAGGCCCCCUCUCCCAACUCCUAGCUGCAGGCCGUUCUUCUGUGCCAUGAUUUUGACCUUCCAGAACCCAGGCCUGGUUGCCUUUGGGGGCACCUCAUCCAGAGCCUCAGUAGGAGGGAGUCAGUGAACAGGACAGCCCAGAAUCUGAUCACCAGGACAAGAAGCCGCUCCAUCAAAUCUCUUGAGCCACUUUGUCACUUGGAAGAAAGUAGUAUACUUUCCUAUUUAUUUAAAGAGUGCUCUGGACCAUACCUAAUAGCAAUAAAUAGGUCUAGCCAAGAGAUGACCAGCUCUGUCAUUAGCUGUGAGUGCUCUCCAUAAGCUCUUUAAGGUACCGAUAGGAAUGUUUGUUCUUAAUAUUGAUUGAGGAUUGGAACUUUGCUUUUGUACAUUGAUUUCAAAUGAGGAGGAGGUCACUUCAAAAACAAAAGGAGUAUUUAUUAUGUCUUACUGUUUUCUUGGAUUCUGUCUCCUCAGUCCCUCCAUGGCUGUUUUCCCUUCUCUUUGGCUUGGCGUCUGCUCUCAUGGCUUCCUCCUUUCCUCCCUCCCUCCUUCCCUCCCUCC